CCUCAAAGUUUUAUUAUUUACUCUAAUUUAGUUUAUUUUUCUUUUUGGGAAAGUGACUCUAUUAUUUUGUACAAUUCUUUGGCAACAAAGCUUUGUUUUUCAUUUUGGAAACAAUUUAUUGAGUUUUGGAGAGGGUUUUGACGGAUAAUUGCGCUUGGUUUGACGUCGGAGUUGGUUCAAUUAUUGACGAGUAACGGAAGUUAUCAUUGAAUUUGAGAAUCUGAAUCGAGGAUCUGUGCUGGUUUUGUUGAAAUGGUGGAGGAUCAAAUAGAAAGUUCAGCAGAUUGGUGGUGAUUGAAAGAAAAAAAUAGUUUUGGAUCCGAUCGGGGGAGUUAAAGCGCCAUCAGAUGGCGCUUUUCAGACGACUGUUUUACCGGAAGCCGCCGGAUCGGCUUCUCGAGAUCUCAGAACGAGUCUACGUAUUUGACUGUUGCUUCUCCACGGAUGUGUUGCAAGAAGAUGAGUACAAGGUGUACAUGGGUGGCAUUGUGGCGCAGCUACAAGACCAUUUUCCUGAUGCUUCUUUCAUGGUAUUUAAUUUCAGAGAAGGGGAGAAGCGUAGCCAAGUAUCAGACAUUUUAACUCAAUACGAUAUGACUGUUAUGGACUACCCACGGCAAUAUGAGGGAUGUCCGCUGCUGCCGCUUGAAAUGAUUCACCACUUUCUUCGAUCGAGUGAAAGUUGGUUGUCAUUGGAAGGACAGCAGAAUGUGCUUUUGAUGCACUGUGAAAGAGGGGGAUGGCCCAUACUUGCUUUCAUGCUUGCUGGUCUUCUGUUAUAUCGCAAACAGUACACUGGUGAGCAGAAGACUCUUGAAAUGAUCUACAAGCAAGCUCCUCGGGACCUUCUGCAGCUUCUUUCUCCUUUGAACCCUCAGCCUUCCCAGUUGAGAUAUCUUCAGUAUAUUUCUAGAAGAAAUUUGGGUUCUGAUUGGCCUCCCUCAGAUACACCGCUAUUUUUGGAUUGCCUAAUUCUUAGAGUUCUUCCACUCUUUGAAGGGAGAAAAGGGUGCAGACCAGUUGUCCGUGUUUAUGGCCAGGACCCGAAAACACCAGCCAACCGAAGUUCCAAGCUUCUGUUUACAACUUCAAAGAAGGAAAAACAAAUUCGUCACUUUCUAAAGGAAGAGUGUGCAUUGGUGAAAAUGGAUAUUCAUUGCCGUAUUCAAGGGGAUAUUGUGCUUGAGUGCAUUCAUUUGGAUGAAGAUUUGGUACGGGAAGAGAUGAUCUUCAGAGUUAUGUUCCACACAGCGUUUGUUCGAGCAAGUAUUUUAAUGUUAUACCGUGAUGAGAUUGAUGUAUUGUGGGAUGCCAAGGAUCAAUUUCCAAAGGACUUCAGAGCAGAGGUACUUUUUAUGGAUCCGGAUGCUGUUGUACCUGGUCUCACUAGAGUAGUAGCAAGUGAAUAUGGGAGUGAGUUAGAAAGUGUUUCACCAGAGGAAUUUUUCGAGGUUGAAGAGAUCUUCAGCAAUGCAAUCGAUGCGGUGGAAGGAAAGGUGAAUGACAGCAGUUCGAUAGUUCCUCACAACAAACCAGAUCAGAAAGAUGUCUGGAGGGAGGAUGUGGAUCCUCCUACAUUUCAAGAUUGUGCGUCAGAUGAUGGGAUUCAUAAACAGGAUGCAACGGUGUAUUCUAGUAUAGAUGCAGUGAAGGACAUAGCAGUGGAUGACGUGAACUACAAAUUAGAUAAGAUUAAUUCUGACAUCAAUACAGUGAAAGAUAUAGCAAUUGAUGAUGGAGACAUGAAGAUUGAUUCAGUGGUAUUUACUGCUGAUGUGCCAAGAGCUAGAGAAACCAGGGAAGUUAUAGAAGAUGUGAUUGACAAAUUAGAAGAGAUAGAAGAUAAGGGAAACAGAGACAAUACUAUUCCGCCGAAGAAGUCGUUUAAGAUGUUUGAGCAAAGCUUGAAACCUGACGUUUCGCAACCUAAACCUGAGGAACUAAUGCAUGCUUCAAAGAAACAGGCUGCACCUGACCCUGAACCAGAUUUAGAUUCUGUUCUGGUGAAACCAAAGAGUGAUCAACUAGAACCUCAGGCCCCUCCUACAAGACAAGCAAAGCCUAAUAUCAUAUCUCGGUGGAUCCCUCCUAACAAUGCCUCUCAUGUUAAGCCAAUGCUUGUGUCAUACCCACCGUCAAGAUAUAAUAGUGCACCACCUGUACUUUCCAGUAUCACAUCUUUGACGGAAUUAGAUUCAGGUUCCAAUAUAGAAGGCUCUACUGGAGCUUUGGUAUUGAAGGAUGUUUCAUCUGAGCAAAACAGUGAGACGUUUGAGCCUUUGAAGGGUACUGACUCUCCAAAAGAAAUAUCCACAACUCCAAUAAUUCCAGCAUCAACUACUGGUCUGCAGCAAUCAGUGUCUGUUCCACCUAGCUCUCCACCUAAACACUCACCAUCUCAACCGGCGCCACCACCUCCUCCUCCUCCCCCGCCUCCCCCAUUUUCUAGAAAGCAGGCUGCCGAACUGGUUUUGCCUCCUCCUCCAGCUCCACCACCUUGGAAAUCUGGGUAUUUUUCAGAUGCCCCUAGUGUAGCAUGUUCACCUCCUCACAUUAUUCCUGUCAAGUCAAGCACAUCAAAACCUGGUAAUGUUCCUCCUCCCACUCCCCCUCCUCCACCAUUUCCAGGUGCUAUGACUCCAUCCUUCAUGCAUGGAACGCUGUCAGCCCCUCCUCCACCCCCGCCCCCUCCAUUGCCUAGAGCUCCAGCUCCCCCGCCUCCACCAGUGCCUCCUCAUCAUGGGGCUUCUCCACCACUGCCGCCGCCUACACCAUCUGCAUGGAAGUCUACUACCGCACCUCCUCCACCUCCACCACCACCCCCAUUGAAACCACCUGCCCCUCCACCUCCACCUCCACUGCCCUCAUUGAAGUCUACUGCCCCACCUCCACAACCCACAUUGAUGUCUGGUUCCCCUCCUCCAACACUUACUCCUUCGCGUGGAGUGCCACCUCCUCCCCCGCAUCGAGCACCACCACCCCCUCCUCCUCCCCCAUUGAUGUCUGGUGCCCCACCUCCACCACCCCCGUUAAUGUCUGGUGCCCCUCCACCUCCUUCCCUUUCUCGUGGAGUGCCACCUCCACCUCCUCCGCCACAUCAAGCACCACCACCACCACCUCCUCCUCCACGUGGAGCACCACCCCCUCCACCUCCACCUUCCCAUGGAUCACUGGCACCACUCCCACCUCCUGUGCGAGGAGCGCCUGCACCACCCCCACCUCCCAUGCGUGGAGUGCCAACACCGCCUCCACCUCCUAUGCGUGGAGCGCCUGCACCGCCCCCACCUCCUAUGCGUGGAGCGCCUGCACCGCCCCCACCUCCUAUGCGUAGUGCUCCUCCACCUCCUCCAGGUGGAAGACCACCUCCACCGCCUCCACUUGGAGGUCGAGCUCUUGGCCCACCAGCUCCACCUGGAGCUCCUUGUGGUGCACCUCCGCCUCCACCAGGGGGUGCUAGAGCAGUUGAUGUGAGAGGAAGAGGGCGUGGGCUGUCGCGUCCUGGGGCAGCAGCACCUCGGAGAUCUUCCUUAAAACCAUUACACUGGAGCAAGGUUACAAGGGCAGUUCAAGGAAGCUUAUGGGAAGAAUUGCAAAGAUAUGGAGAGCCUCAAAUUGCACCUGAAUUUGAUGUGUCGGAGAUUGAGACUCUUUUCUCUUCUGUUGUUCCUAAACCUGCUGAUGCUGGGGGUAAAUCUGGAGGACAACUCAAAUCGGCUGGAUCAAAGCCUGGAAAAGUUCACUUGAUUGACUUGAGGAGGGCCAACAACACUGAAAUUAUGCUCACUAAAGUUAAGAUGCCACUUUCUGAUAUGAUGGCUGCAGUACUAGCAAUGGAUGAUAAAGUAUUAGAUGUUGAUCAAGUGGAAAAUCUCAUAAAAUUUUGCCCAACUAAAGAGGAAAUGGAACUUCUAAAGGGCUACACUGGUGACAAGGAGAGUCUAGGGAAGUGUGAACAGUACUUUUUGGAGCUGAUGAAAGUGCCACGAGUGGAAUCAAAAUUAAGAGUGUUUUCCUUCAAGAUUCAGUUCGGUUCUCAGAUUUCUGAAUUUAAAAAGAGCUUAAACACUGUAAAUUCUGCAUGUAAUGAGGUACGGAAUUCCCUUAAAUUAAAGGAGAUCUUGAAGAAAAUUCUUUAUCUGGGAAAUACAUUGAACCAAGGAACCGCAAGGGGUUCUGCUGUUGGAUUUAAGUUGGACAGUCUUCUAAAGCUCACAGAUACACGUGCUGCUACCAGCAAGAUGACACUUAUGCAUUAUCUUUGCAAGGUCCUAGCUGCCAAGGCCCCCACACUUCUGGAUUUUCACCUUGAAUUUGUUAGCCUUGAAGCUGCAACUAAGAUACAAUUAAAAUCUUUAGCAGAAGAAAUGCAAGCUAUAAUUAAGGGAUUAGAAAAGGUUAAGCAGGAGCUGGUUGCCUCUGAAAAUGAUGGUCCUGUAUCUGAUGUUUUCCGGAAGACAUUAAAGGAAUUUAUUUCUGUUGCUGAGACCGAGGUGGUGUCCUUAACAAAUCUAUAUUCUAUGGUGGGUAGAAAUGCAGAUGCACUUGCACUCUAUUUUGGUGAGGAUCCUGCCCGAUGCCCAUUUGAGCAAGUUACUGCAACGCUCUUAAAUUUCGUGAGGUUGUUUCGGAAAGCACAUGAAGAGAAUGUUAAACAGGCUGAACUGGACAGGAAGAAAGCCGAGAAGGAGGCUGAAAUGGAGAAAGCCAAGGCAACCAACCUUAAAAGGAAGGGUGCAAAAUAGUUGAAAAUCAGUUUCUCUAUUCCUACAAGAUAGUAAGCUCCUUCCAAUCAGCAGAUACCCGUGCCGAUGAGUAUGACUGAAUUACAGGAACCGCUGCUUCUCGAGGACUUUUGAUGUGCCUCCUAUUUCAUGCCUUCAGAGGUGUCGUAAACGGGGCUUUCAGGCCACUUGAAUUAUGCAUAAGGUUUCGGGAGACAUUUUCAAUGGGAAGAUAUCCAAAUCACAUAACUACGAAUAAUUCAGUGAAAUUCCUUUUGGAGUAGUCGGACCGAACUUCGCAUAGAGUGGGUUAUGAGUAGAGUAGCCAGAGGUUUAAAAUGCACGCUAUCAAGGUAACUGCUAUGACCCUUCUAGCAUUAUUUUCUGAAUCCUAAACUGGGUGGACCGGCAAGUCCUGGUGAUGAAUGAUUUCUUUUCAUCUUCCAUCAUUCAUCUUGUCGUAUUUGUUUCGGCAUCAAAAUGGAUGCCUGUGGAAUCGUAGAAGCCGGUGAGACCCAGUACUGUACCAUGAAGACAUAUAGUGUACAAAGCUCUAACCAUCCACAUAGUGUAGAAUUCAAUUCUUUAUCUUGUAUUCUUGUAACAUAGUCUUUUGUUUCGUUCCCCCCCCCCAUGAAAAAGGCCCCUCCAUAGGAAGAGGUUGUACAGGAUGUUAGGUUUUAGAAAAAAGAGAAAUUGGAAGAGGGGCUUUCUUGAUGUAACUGUAAUAUAGCACCCGGAAUAUAUAGUCUGCUGA